ACUACUCCCGCUAAUUGUCUAAGGAUCCUUUUCAUUGUCUGACCAAAUGCAGGGAGGUGUGUGUGUGUGUGUGUGUGUGUUUAAGUGAAAGCAAAAUCUGUUUGAUUUGCUAUGUAAAUCAUAUUUUGUAUUGAAAGCAAAUAGUUCUUAAUAGUGCAGACUUUCCAAACCUGAAAAAUCUUGAAGACCAUUUCCAGUCUUUAAGUUAAAUGUGCUUUGUCAUGGUGAUACAUUGUUGGAAAUCUAUUUCUAAUAGAGAAACCCUGGAAUGAAAAACUAACUUGUCUGUUGCUCUUGACUGUGUGUAAGCAUGUGAGCAUUUUUCAGGUCACUUGAAGAAAUAGCUACAAACUAGGCUGACAUCUGCUUCCCAAAGGCAGAUCCACACAUGUGUAUCUCCAAAGAGCCAUACAAACUGUUGCUUACGGACAGAGCAUUAUUCUGCUUGCUUUCAUUGAUUUGCUUCUCAACACUGAACAGACAAUGAAUCCAUUUUAAAAUGCCUUGCUUUUGAAACCAAAGCAGCUUUGAAGGGAACUUAUAUUUUGGCUUGAUGUCCUCAUCAGCAUCAAGUUAAGAGGACAGCUGAUAUUAAGCCCCCAAUUGAUUCCUCUGCCCUAAACAAUUUAAUCCACUCCAUAAACUGAAGCCCAAGGAUCUAUCCAUAAAUGGCUGUCCUACACGUAAGAUUCACUAAAACCCAGAGAGACAGGCUUGCCCAGGUGCUAUGGUUGCUGAACUGGAUUUCUGUGGUGACAGGCCUCAUACUGUUUAGCCUGGGCCUUUUCCUAAAAGUGGAGAUCAAUAAGAGGAGGGAGCUAAUGGCUAAGCAGGAUGUUCAUUCUGUACCAGAUAUGCUAAUUGCAGUGGGGCUGAUAGCAUGCAUAAUCAAUUUUGUCGGAGGAAAGAUCUGCUAUGACUGUGUAGACACCAACAAGUUCUUGCGCUGGAAGCUUCUGAUGCUCCCUUAUAUAAUUUGCACAUUCUUCUUCACACUGUGCGUGCUGGUCGGCGCACUAAUGUGCUACACCAUGCAUGGGGAACUGAAGGAAUCACUAGCACUAGGCCUACAGGAGGCUAUACGCUACUAUAAAGAUACGGAUACACCGGGCCGCUGCUUCCUUAAAAGCACUGUUGACCUGCUGCAGAUCCAACUCCAAUGUUGCGGUAAUAAAAACCACAGGGACUGGUUCCAGAUUCAGUGGAUUAGCACUCGCUACCUGGACAUGUCCAAGCAGGAAGUGGUGGACCGUUUCCGCAGCAACGUUGAAGGAAAGUACCUGGUUGAUGGAGUACCUUUCAGCUGCUGUAACGUCAAUUCACCUCGACCCUGUAUUCAGUAUCAAAUCACUAACAACUCAGCUCACUUUAACUAUGACUAUAAGACAGAGGAGCUCAACUUAUGGAAUAAAGGCUGUCACCAGGCUUUGGUGGAAUACUUCACCAACAUAAUGCACUCAAUCGGCCUUAUCGUGCUUCUCAUCUGGCUCUUUGAGCUCUCUGUGCUCACUGGUGUCCGCUACUUACAGACAGCUCUGGAGAAUGUGCUGCUUCAAGGAGACCCAGAAUCUGAAUCAGAAGGAUGGCUGUUGGAAAACAGCUUUGCGGAAACUGCACGCUCUAGCUUCAACAUGAUAAAAAACCUGGGCAAGGGAAAUCAGAUUGAGGCUGAAAAUGGGGACCCCAAUGUAAACAGGCCAUCCACAGCACACUAUGGUCCUGAUAAUGUACCGCCUAAGCAAAUGCCUGUGGCCAGUUAACCGUAUCCCUGUGAACAGCUUACGAUGAGUUCUCCAAUCUUAUACCAUUCCUAUAAGCCCG